AUGGGAACUGAUGAUAGAGUUCAAGUCAAAUCUCCUUCAAGGAACGAAAGCUCGUCAUCUUCUUCUUGUUCAUCGUCAUCUUCUCCGAACCGAGACCUUGAGAAUUCCGAACUCAUUGAGUCAUCGACACCUUUAAAUGUUCCAUUGGCGACUACAAAUGAGCAGUCCUCGGAUAACAACAUGCAUGAAGAACAAGCACUAGCGGGUAACAUACGGAAUCGGAUACCGUCGUCGAUUUUCAGUAGUAAACCUGCAACGGACUGGAGCAUUGCUUCAAACGAAUCAUUGUUCAGCCUUCAUAUUGGGACUAACAGCCUCUCCAGGGAACAAUUUCUUUCCAUGUAUAAAACAGGAGAGUUUACCAAGUUAGACGAGCAGAUCAUCACCCAAGGCGGCGUGAUGCCUUCACUGAAAGAACUAGAAGAGAUGGCGGCGAUGGAGGAAAGUGUAAGCAAUGAUUGUUCGGAAGCAAAAGAAACGCCCACGAUGGCCGUCGGAACGAAUGAAGUUGCAAAGGAUGAUGACCGUAGCCAUGAAAUGAAAGUCCCAGCUGAGGUCCAUAAUUUAUGCACAAAUAGCAUCUCUGCCCUUUCUGAUGAGAGCACCUUUUCCUUCGCAUUCCCCGUGUUGAGUGGCACUGAAGUUGGAAGGCUGAGCUCGGUAAAUAUCCGCCAAUGCAAUCAAGAAAUGAAGACACAGUCAGUAAAAGAGCAGCAAGAGCCAGAGUCAGAACCGGAGCCGGAACCGGAACCGGAACCGGAACCGAAACCGGAGCAAUGUACUGAAGAAUCGAAACCGCAAACUCCCGAAAACUCUACAAGUCCAAGCUGGUUUUCCUGCUUCCGCUGCUUCAGUUAA